AUGUUCUUCCAAGGGUACAGUGCCGAGCCAGAUGCCAUAGACUUGUUCGUGGAGAAGGGCUGGGUUGCAGAUGACAUCCAUUAUGAAUCAGCAUCUCGAACCCUAGAUUAUUCUUCGCUUGCUGCGAAAUACCUUACUAUCUUCAACUCAGUCACUGGUUUUAUGGAAGCACUCAGUGCAAGUGGUGCAUGGGCGGGUCCCAAUAAUGGGUGGACAGAAGGCAAUAAAUGGGCUUAUACAUUUGACGUGGUCACAAUGAUCAUACCAACGAGCUAUCCUAUCAUAUUCCCUACCUAUAUCCCCUCCCUGGAGCUGCAUCAAAAUGUCAAUAACAGCCUUGGAGUGAUUCUCUCGAAAUUCUUCACCUCUGUUCAUCUGUUCAACCCGCUUGACGACAAAGAUUUCGACUUUGAGGGCAAUGAGCUGUCUGACUCAGACUACAAUAGCCCGUCAAAAGACUUCACAUCGGAGAUCCCACAAACAGAUAUUGGCUUAGCAUGGAGUAUUUUCAGGACACGAGGUUCGCCUAACAAGACCAAUUGGCCAGAACACAAGGUCGACACGAAGACACGCAUUUCCCCAGAAACCAUGUUACCAACUCCUGUCAAUCUUAUUAACCGAUCCCUUGUAUAG